CAUGCAAGCACCAUCACGAUUCAUUUGCUUAUAUGAAAAUGAAACCACCAUUUCCCAUUACCAAAAUUCAAAACAAAUGCCAACUUCUUCACAUUUCUUCUGCUUCUUCUUUCUCUGCAUACUCUCCUCCCUGUCAUUAUCAGAUGGCAUUCAGCUCAUACUAGUAAACAACUGCAACGAAAGCAUAUGGCCUGGAAUCCUCGGAACUGCUGGACAUGAAACUCCUUACAAAGGUGGCUUCUGCCUCUUCAGUGGGGAGCAAACAGUUCUUGAAGUCCCUGAUAAAUGGUCAGGCAGAAUCUGGCCAAGACAAGGCUGCUGUUUCGACCAAACAACCGGCAAAGGCUCAUGCCAAACUGGGGACUGCGCCGGUCUCCUGCAAUGCAAUGGCAUCGGUGGAGUCCCUCCAGCAACAGUAGUAGAAAUGACUCUUGGCACCCUGGAAUCUUCCUUGCAUUACUAUGAUGUGAGUCUUGUUGAUGGAUUCAAUGUUCCUGUUUCAAUGGCACCUAUAGGUGGUAGUGCAGGCUGUGGAGUCGCAGCGUGUGAGGCUGAUUUGAACAUCUGCUGCCCUACUAAUUUGGCUGUGAAACAACAAGGGAAAGUGGUGGCCUGCAAGAGUGCUUGUGUUGCUGCAAAAUCGGAUAGGUAUUGUUGCACUGGGGAGUUUGCCAAUCCUAAAAGCUGCAAGCCAACUAUUUUUUCCAAUGUCUUUAAAGCAAUUUGCCCCAGGGCUUAUAGCUAUGCCUAUGAUGAUGCUACAGGGCUUAAAACUUGCAGGGCUCCUCGUUAUGUCAUAACAUUUUGUCCUCCCAAUUGA